AUGGCGGCGGGGCAGCAGUGGGUGUUAGUAGAGAUGGUGCAAGCGUUUUACGAGAAUCCACGCAAGGCGAAAGUAAUCCGGCGGUUCAUUGUCGUUGAGGGACUCUAUAUCAACACUGCAGAUCUCUGUCCACUACCUGAACUGGUGAAACUGAAGUACAAAUAUAAAGUGCGAAUCUUUCUGGAGGAGAGCAUGUCUUUCGGAGUGCUUGGAGAACACGGAAGAGGAGUCACAGAGCAUUUUGGGGUCAACAUUGAUGAUAUUGACCUCAUCAGUGCCAACAUGGAGAAUGCGCUGGCGUCUAUCGGCGGUUUCUGCUGUGGACGAUCAUUCGUUAUUGAUCAUCAGCGUCUGUCGGGUCAGGGUUACUGUUUCUCAGCGUCUCUUCCACCCAUGCUGGCCUCUGCUGCUAUUGAAGCCCUCAACAUCAUGGAGGAAGAUCCAGGCGUUUUCAGGGUGUUACGGGAAAAGUGCAAACACGUCCACAAAGCACUACAAGGGACUCCAGGGCUGAAGGUGGCCGGCGAGCCUUUAGCUCCUGCUCUUCAUCUGCUGCUGGAAAACAGCACCGGAUCCAGAACAAAUGACCUGAAGCUGCUCCGAGCGAUUGUCGAUUACAGUUUGGAAAGACAGAUCGCACUCACUUUGGCUCGAUACCUGGACAAAGAAGAGCGUUUUCUUCCACCGCCAAGCAUCAGAGUCGUCGUGACUGUUGAGCAGACGCAGGAGGAGAUCGAGAAAGCAGCGCAGUGCAUUCGAGAAGCAGCAGUGAAGAUCCUGAAAUGACGAGAGUCACAGGCGUGACAGAGCCAUGAUGGUUCGGUGACCUUUGACCCUGAAGACCUGGACUGCACACAACUCGAAUGGAUGAAUACACUGGUUGAACCUG